AAUUGCUAAAGGCACACACACACGCGCACAUGCACGCAACUUAACGCACGGCACCACCACCCAACACCCGACGUGCGCGCUCAUGAAUAAAUACUUGCUCGCAUCUACACUGAGUGGCGCUCAUCGCGCACACAUCUAACACAUGCGCAUGUAUGCGCCAACAACGUGAUAAGAUACGACGGUCGUCGUCAAGCAAAGCUACUAAGUUUGCCAAAACGGCAAGCAGCAACUAAAAGUGAACGUCACCGGCCGCAUCAGUCGCCAUCAAAUGAUGAAACUGUGCUCAUCUCGCACCAACUCCACUCUGUUGAAUGUUGUGAUCGAUCAACGACUUAGAAUUGACACCUGUCGAUAUCUAAUGGAAAUUCAAUCGCGUCGUCUAGCGGGAGAAUAGAAAAUACCAACAAAUAAAAGCGAAAUUUCGCAUACAAAGAAAUAAAAUUAAUAAUCAAAAUAAAUAAAGCUUAAAUCGUCAAGAACAAAGCGCCGCAGCUGUGAAGCGCCGGAAAUAGUGAGCAAAUACACCAGCAGCGCGCAUUGAUAAAGAAAAUAAAAAGAGGCAUCAGCAAAAGUUCCAAGUGCAUAAAAAGCAACGAAAAACAAAAUUUUUAAUUUCGGAUUUUUCCACCAUCAAAUGUUGGGUUUGGAAAAAAUUUGAAUUUGCAAGAAUAUCGCUUAAAUUUUGCGAAAAAUAUAUUUCCAAAUAUUCUAUGUGUAUGUAUGUAUGUCAAUUGACGUCAGCGUUAACCUCGCAUAAAAUUGAAUAGAUAUUAACAAAACACAAAAAAAAAAUUAAAGCAAAACGCUUAGCAUAACAAAAAUUGAGAAAAAAACAACUAAAAAGCGAUAAAUAAGUAAAAAUUGGAACAAAACAAACAAAGAAAUAUAGGCGAAUAAGUGUACAGUGUGAAUUAAAAAAAAAAAGUUAAAAAAAAAUUAGCUAUUUUUAGUGCAUGGGCAUCCGGUGAAAAUUAUAAGCACAGCAACUAAACAAAGCAUAAAAAAAUUGUCACUUGCGUAGCCAUACGAAAAGUUCCAAAACGAAAACGAAAUUGUGCAAAGCCGUGUUAUUGAAAUUUUCUAAACGAAAAACCACUUGAAAGUUAAAAAGCCAGGAGCUUAAGGAUUGGUGAUAACAAACAAAAAUUAAAUAAAAACUACAACAAAGAAAGCAUACAAAAUAUUUAGUGGGAGAGAAGCUAAAAAAGACUGAAAAAGUAAAAUACAAAAAAAUAAAGGAAAACCCAUACAAAAAAUAGCGCUUCUAAAGCAGCAAGUGCAAGAGCGGAAAGAAAAGCAAAAUCUUUCGGGCUAAUUUUGUUGACAUAACACAAAAAAUAUAUAUAAAAAAAAGCACAAAAACGAUAAGUGUACACUUAAGUAUAUAAUAUAUACACACAUACGAGUAUAUAUAUAUACAUAUAUGCAUAUAUUUUUUGGCAAGUAACAGCGUAGUAGCGCCUGACUUGCUAGACAAAGAAAUCAGUGUUUUCCUCCGUGAACAUAUUGUUGUUGUACUAAUACAUACAGUGUAAAUAUCAGAGACCAAAUUUUUGAAUAAACACAUAUUUUUUGAACAUCUUUUACUGGCUUCGCUUGUGCACAGCACGCAAAAACGACAACGUCCAUAAACAGCACCACGCCACGCCUCGCAUAAACCUCAUUAUUUGGAAUCAUCCUUGCACAUGCAAAUCAAUUUUGUGACAGAAGAGUAGCCGUAGUUGCUGGCUAGACCUGUUCCUACAUCUAUGGAGUUUCACCUAGACAGUGCAGAAUACUGCCAAGCACAGCACAAAUAAAAAGGAAAAAAGUUUGCUAAACAGCGAAAGAAACGUAAAAAAGCCGGGAGUUGGAUCUUGUUGGCAGCGUGUCCAGUUGGGAGACAGUUAGACAGGAGAAAGCAGAGAUAGCGCGGGACGUGGAAGCAAGAGAAAUAGUGUAGAGAAAAUUUUUGUAAAUUUUGAAACAUAAAUCAAAAGCCUUAACGACUUUCUAAUUGGAUUUUAAAGAAAGUGUUGCCUGGAGUAAAGAAAGGGGGAAUAACCGCAAAAAGCGCGCAUAUCAGAGGAAUAGUUAUAUUUGAAUUUGAAUCUAAAGCUAAAACAGAAACAAAAACAAAAGCAACGAAAGCGAAGAAAAGCCAAGUCGGCUAACAAGAAUUAUCUUAAAGUUGAUUUAUCAAAAAAAAAGUUAAAGAGGAAUUAAAAACAUCAACAGGGAUUUCCAGGAGAAGAAAAGCAAGUAGGUUUUGUGCAAGAAAAAAAAAAAAACAAAAAAAAAAAAAAAGCAAA